AAACAAAUUGCCAAAAUGGAUCCUCCUUCAAAACAAACGGGAUUUCGCGGUUGAGCCGUUGGAUGUGAUAGAGCGUAGCCAGUAGCCGGAGGAGAGCUUUGGAUCGGAAUCAAUGGAGUUCCUUCCGAUUUCACUUGAUGCUUACAGAUUAGGGUUCAUCGGAGCUGGAAAAAUGGCGGAGAGUCUAGCAAGGGGAAUCGUCCAAUCUGGUCUCUUACCUCCUUCUCGAAUCUCCACGGCUCUCUACCCCACUCCUGGCCCCCCCAUUGAUUUCGAAUCUUUCGGUGUUCGAGUCCUCCCCAAGAACGAAAAUGUGGUUGAAGAAAGUGAUGUGGUCAUCUUCUCUGUAAAGCCUCAAAUCGUUAAGAAUGUGGUGUUGAAGCUGAGGCCUCUACUGGGGAAGAAGCUUUUGGUUUCGAUUGCUGCUGGGAUAAAACUGAAGGAUCUGCAGGAUUGGGCAGGUCAUAGCCGAUUCAUUAGAGUUAUGCCAAAUACUCCCGCAGCUGUUGGAGAGGCUGCAUCAGUUAUGAGCUUGGGAGAAGGUGCGAUAAAGGAGGAUGGGCAACUAAUAGCUAAAUUAUUUGGAUCUGUGGGUAAGAUAUGGGAAGCUGAAGAGAAGUUGUUUGAUGCAAUCACUGGUUUGAGCGGUAGUGGGCCAGCGUACAUAUUCUUAGCAAUAGAAGCUUUAGCUGACGGAGGAGUUGCUGCAGGUCUACCACGAGAACUUGCACUGGGUCUAGCUUCUCAAACUGUGCUAGGUGCAGCCACCAUGAUCACCAAAACUGGGAAGCAUCCAGGGCAGCUGAAGGAUGAUGUAACAUCACCUGGAGGGACAACAAUUGCAGGGAUUCAUGAACUAGAGAAGGGAAGACUCCGUGGCAUAUUCAUGAACGCUGUGGUCGCUGCUGCGAAGCGUAGCCAAGAACUUUCGGAAAAGUAGUUGCCAAUAUUGAACUUGCUAGUAAGGUUAGAGUUAAUUUUAUUUUGUCUCUAAGUCUUGAAGAGGUGAUGAAAUAAAGUAAUGAAACUUGCACCCUUUCCUUUGCAAUAUGAAUGAACAACCAAAUCCAUCACUCUUUUAGGCU